GUCCAGCGCUUCAUCCACCUGUGCCGCGCCAGUGGCGCCGCCGCCGCCUACCGCUGGAAUGAGCAGAGUGUGCUGGGCAUGGUCAACCACAUGUUCGUGGCUCCCCACCAGCUGGCCAACCUCUCCUUCCCCUACGUGCACAAGCUGGGCCGCAGGUACAAGGAGGCGCUGCAGAUGGGGGGGCUGGAGCCGGAGCCGGAGCCGGAGGCGGUGGGGAGCGUGGGUGGGGAGCGGGGGUGAGGGUGGAGAGGGGGGGGCAGGAGGAGGGGGGGGGCGAGGAGGGAGCGGAGCGGCAGGAAGAAAGGUAGGAGGAGCCGGCGAGGUCGAGCUGCCAGGCAUUGCGGGUCAGGGGAGGACAUGAUCGGGGUGGAUUGAAUGCAUGAGCAAGCGCCCAUGCGCGGAUGUCUAAAGUAUUCUUGCGGCUGGAGAGACGUACAGGGGAAGGAUGAACUGCUUGUUAUGUGAAAGUGAAGAUGUGACGCUACAGGGUGAAGGGGCUCCUCAAAAACAAAGGGUGGCGGAAGGGGCAAAAGAGGCGGUGCCGCCGGGUGCCGCCGGGCGCACGGUCCAACUUUUUUUGCGUGUGCCAUGCAUCAGAUGCAUGCUGCUGAGUAUGAUCAGUCAAUGCAUGGGCUACAGCAGGAAUCCAUAUGGGUGACUGAAUUUGCGCUAAGGUGUUCAACAAGCUUUGCUAGUGCGCUCGCUCUUGAAUGCUUGGAGUAACCGACGUGCAUGCCGUGCAUGUAACAUAAAUUGAUG